UUGUCGAUAGGGGCGCAACUUUAAUAAACGCUCCUAUGGGUCGUAUUUCAGGGAAGUGACAAACAACCUAUAUGGGUGUAUUGGUUGGAGGACAUGUUGAAGAAUUGUCAUAGCCACGUCAUGGCAUAUCAUUUGUACCACAAACCAUCCCACAACCACACACCCAUAAAAUGACAGGGUAGAGAGAAGAUACUUCAUGACUCAUUUUUGAUCAUCUCACCUGGGAAUUCAAUGGUAAGAAACAGAUAAAUUAUAUUAUUAUUUUAAAGAAAAAAGUCUUUUUCGUACUUGUACACUUUUUAAAAUGUUUGUAAUUUGUUUAAAAAUAAGAUUGUUGUUUGGGGAGGUUAUUGUUACAGUAUCAGUUCACUGUUCUCGUACUGUAAAAUUUGACAAUAAUGAUUAGACAGAAAUGUUACUAUCUCACUUUACAGAUGCAGUUGCAGGUUUACCUUGUUGUUUUAUGGCCAUUACUUCUCGUGGCUUUUUCUAAAGAUGAUGACAGAGAUGCAUCAAAUGCAUGUGAGGAUACUCCAUUUAUUCCAGGACACAAUCUUGCUGGAGAGGGAUUUGAUGUUGUGACCAUGGAGCGAAAAGGUUCAUACUUGAUCAACAUGGAAAAAUGGGAUUUAGGAAACGGCACUUGUAAAUUGGCUAAAAAUGAUUACUUCAAGGGAAUAAAACAGAAGCUACCAGCAGCAGUUGAAGACUGGAGGACUUUGCCAAAGUGUUCAAUGAAAGUUUCAAGUCAGAUCUUUGAAUCAAGUGAAGCACUGGUCAAUGAUUCAUCAUCAGCACUCUCGGUCAGCUGGAAAGUUGGUUUAGAUAUUAAAGUUGCUGGAGCUGCAGUUGGAAGCACUCAUUCCAGGGAAGCGAAAUUUGCAAUGACAAAAUCAAAACAAGACAAAUACAGUUUCACCAAACAUGAAAUUGCAUGCAGCUUUUACAGAUAUCAUGUAGCUGAAAACCCCCCUCUUAAUGCAGAGUUUCUUGAAGCAAUCAAAUCACUUCCUGCAUCCUACGAUCCAGACGCCUACCGCAACCUGAUCACCACAUAUGGCACUCACUAUAUCAAAGAUGUCAAGUUAGGGGGGCAAAUGAAAGCCAUAACAGCCUUCAAAACCUGUCAGGCAACAGUGAAAGGGCUUACAGAUACUGCAGUAAAAGACUGUUUGGAUGUAGAAGCCUCUGGUACAGACCACACAGCAGACGUGAAGGCAGAAAACCAUUUUUGUAAAGAACAGAAAAAGAAGAUGGGGACAAAUCAAAAGUUCAGCGCCAUGUUCAAUGAGCGUCAGACAGAGAUUAUUGGAGGAAAAAUAAAUGGAGAAGAUCUGCUUUUUUCUGGUUCAUCACACCCAAAUUCCUUUAAGCAGUGGCUUGAGUCUUUGAAGAGCCUCCCUGACAUUGUGCACUACUCUCUGAAACCCCUCCAUUUCUUACUGAAUACUGAACACCCUGCCAGGAAAGGACUGAAGAGAGCUGUUGAAGAAUACAUAAUUGAAAAUGCUCUUAUGAAGGUUUGCUCUGAGCCUUGCGAGAUUGGCAGGAAGAGCAGUGCAAGAGACAGAUGUGCUUGUGUUUGUGAAAGUAGUCAAAUUAUAAAGUCUAAUUGCUGUCCAGUUGAAAAAGGACUUGCCACCCUGAAAGUCUACAAUCUCAGAGCUAAAGGUCUGUAUGGAGAUGUACGUACUGAAACAGAUGGUUUUGUAUUAGUUAAAUAUGACACACAAAUUAAGCGCACUGAGACUAUUGAUGAUAAUGACAAUCCACAUUGGUCAGAAACAUUUGAGUUUGGUCCUAUUAAAUUCAGUGUGGACAAUAAACUAACUUUUGAAGUAUAUGAUGCAGACAGAUACUGGAACAACGAUCUCCUUGGUACAUGCUCUUUUGAUCUUAGAACUGGAGUUGUGCAUGACACUUGUGUUUUUAAAUAUGGUACCUUCUUUUUUACCUAUGAAGUGAGAUGUGCUCCCAGUCUAGGGGGCCCACAGUGUAAUGAACACAAACCUUCUCCAAUGGCUGCCCCUCUGGCUGACAUUUUCAGCUCAAGAAAUGGUGUGCUGGUUAGAGACAUGCCAAGGCUUGAAUUAGCUUUAAGACAAAAAAAAACUUCAAGAGUGGUUAUAGACAGCAGAUAUAUGUAAGAUUACAGUAUGAGCUAAGAUCCUUUAUGCUUUUUAUAGCCAUAAUCUUAGAAAAGUUUCAUAAUGAUCCGAUGCUUAAAUGCUUAAGAAUAAAUUUUACUUUUACUUUUUCUUUUAAUUCAAAAGUUUUAUUAAAGCAUUCAUAAACCCA